UUUCUCAAAUCAAUUGCGCAAUCGCACUGUCGGAAGAUUUCGAUGCGCAGUGGCCGUCAAAUUCGAUGCCUAAAGAACGCACCCUUUGCGUGUGAUAGCUUAGAAGCACCAUGCACGUAAAAUUCAAAUUCAAAUAUCCAUCGGGGCAAUGAAUGUUACUACUGGCGUACGAGUAAGAAUAUAUGAUGAGGAAAAGUGCAUCCAUGAGCACGAGACUAUCCGGUCUGAUGGGAACGACCUGAGGACUUUGAUACAGAAUCUGCGAGAUGUGCAAUUGGAGAUCAACUGUUUUUUAACUACACUUAUUCAACGGCGAGAUGUGUCCAGUGAAAUGAUGAAUCAAUCGAUCUCUUCGGACGUUGACUCGGAUUCUCUCGAAGAAGAAGAGAAGAAGGAAGACGAGAUACGGGCUAACCCCAAAAAAUCCAAAUUGACCUAAAUUGUAAUCAUCCGUUAAUAAAUAUUACACUGUUAAUACUUCAAUAUAGUGUACGAGUGUCGUUUUAUGAAUAUGUCCUCAUUUCCAACUGUAUGAUUCCGAAGCGUGUUAUUUUUUUAUCGAAUUCGCUGUACCGAUGAUGACAACUGGCUAGCGGCUAGAGCGAGAUAACACGCAUGAGAACAAUAGCCGUUAACUGUUAAGUAACGACGACGGACGUGGCGGUGCGAACAGUCUGGCCAAGACCACGUAUACGACUCGGGAGAAUAUGUCUACUAUGCUGUCAAACGAGGCUCAAUUGCGUUACAUGAUAGAAUGGUUUCAAGAAUGGUCCGAAAUGCAGCGGAAUGAUUUUCUGGGCGUGUUGCUGGAGAAUUGUGGUCCUGCAGGACUUGUGAAUGGAUUGGUGACCGGAAUAGAGAAGUUGAAUUGCGAAUCUGACAGGCCACCUAGCUUGUUUCAGUGUCGCGUCAAGCUCUUCAGAGAAUGGAGUAGCAAUUGGUCGCAAUAUGAGAAAAAUUCUUUGUUGGCAGCUAUUAAGAAUACAGACAGUAAGUUUGCUGAAAUGUAUGAAGAAAGAUUAUCAUCAUUAGAAGAAGACAAACAAUAAUAAGCAACCAUUUUAUGCUAUAACUUACAAAUUCUAGACAGAGAGACAUGUAUUUCUGUUUUUAAAAAUUAAUAUAAAUUUAGGACUUUUUAUAUUGUAUAUUUAUUUCCUAUA